UAUUUUUCUACCAUAGACUAGCUCAGAAAUAUAGACCAGUCGCCUAGUGAGUGAUAUGAUAUGACUUCUUGACUGAUGUUUCUUGUUUGUCUUGUCACUUUUUCUAAAAUACGUAAUUUUUGGGGAGACCUUUGUUGCUAUCAAUUGAUGUUAUUGCAAGUGCAUCUAAAAAAUGGUUGAUCCAAUAUUCGAUUAUCAAUUUAGGCUUAUUCUUAUUGGAGACAGCACAGUGGGAAAAAGUUCUUUGUUGAAAUAUUUUACAGAUGGGAAAUUUGCUGAGCUGUCUGACCCUACGGUUGGUGUGGAUUUCUUCGCAAGGAUCAUAGAAGUGCAAGAUGGGACGAGAAUUAAGCUGCAGUUAUGGGAUACGGCGGGCCAAGAGAGGUUUAGAUCUAUAACAAAGUCGUACUAUAGGAACUCGGUUGGUGCGUUACUAGUGUAUGAUGUGUGUAACAGAUCUAGUUUUGAGCAUAUACCUCUGUGGAUGAUGGAGGCGAAGAGACACAUAGAGCCUCACCGGCCAGUGUUUGCACUGGUGGGCUGUAAGGUGGACCUGGUGGGCACAGAUAACAAAAACGGUGCAAGAAGGGAAGUCACUUGUGAAGAAGCUCGAAUGUUUGCAGAAGAGAAUGGUCUACAUCAUGUAGAAACAUCAGCAAAAACAGGUCUGAAUGUAGAAGAAGCAUUUGUUCUAGUCGCUCAAGAAGUAUACAACCGCAUUCAAACCGGAGAAUACAAAGUAGAGGAUGGGUGGGACGGAAUCAAGACUGGUUUCAACCGUCCCAAUGGCAUGGACUUCAACCUUCUUGAAGCUGAAACGGUACAGUCCACAUGUUGCUAGAAAAAGACGAAAGUGUAUAUAUUUGACUCACAAUAGUUUAGUAAAUAUACAAUGAGUAAGCAUAAUUUUAUAUGUAUUGUGUAGAUAUGGUGUGGCGACUGCUGUAUAAACAUUUUGGUUUAAUUUAUAUUUUGAACCUUAAGUUAUAAAUAUUCAUUUUUUGUUUUAUUGAUGGUCUUAGCCACAUUCUAUUGAAAGGAGUUUGUAUAACAAUGGAAGAGAUAAAAAAAGUUUUUCUGUACCAUAGAUAUUGGUAUUCCAUAAAUGAAUUUCAAAUGUGUUGUAACAUUUUUUU